AUGGAAAAUCCACCGAGUAACACGCCGAAGGGACCUGGACCGAACCUCAAUCACCUAGGAGAAUUGGUUAUCCUGGGUUUCGAAAACCUCAGUUAUAAACAUGAUCCCCAAAUGACACCUACUCGAGAACGCCCUUGGAGGCGGAUCGUCGUUGUUGAACAGGACACCUCGAGGGAAAGUGUCUGCGAUCGGCUACAGUCGAAGCUCCUCCCUCUUUUGAAGGAUCACCUCCGCACGGUCUUCGAGUUGCUGGAGGCUAUCUGUACCGAGGAAGAAGAGGAAUCGGCUAUCAGUAUGAAGGAAAAACAGGCAUCGAACCUUAGGCGCCUGUUGGAGAUGCAACCGGAACUCGAUCACGUCCUCACUCUAAUCGACACUGAAUUUCACGUCCUCUGCCCAGAACCCGCAUCUGCCUCUGUUCAAACCGAUGACCAGCAGCUCAAACAAUUCAAGACGUAUAGGCUUUUUGAUUUCAAAAAGCAUUUUCUCUGCACACUCGACUCGAUCUGUAGAUUAUUUCUUGCGGUCUGUAAUUACACCGCACGGAUGGCGUACCACAGCUGGGGAGCAACUUAUGAUGAUUCAUGGUUUGAGAGAAAACAAGACGUCUUAUCUCAGAUCGAGCACACGAUCAAAGAGUCCAAAAGGUCUGAAAUGGAUGUCAUCGAAGAAUGUGGCGCAAGUGGAGUACGCGAGAGCGAGGACUUGCUAGACAGUCUCAAGGGCCUCGUCAAUCCAAAUGGUAGCGUUACUAAUCCCUUUGUCGAUUUCAACCCAUUGACCCAUCAACCGCUCAUCCAACUCGCUAACUUGCUAAUACCCUUGACCAAGCUAUUAAAAAUGUUUUUCGAGAGAAUUUCAAAACGCGGCAUGAGCUAUCAAAGGCUACCAUUAUAUACCGAGAUGAAUGGCGAUCAAUUUAAAUGUUUAUCCGAAUCUAAUCUAAUUGUUGGCAAUGUCCACACGCUUAUCGGAAACUUGACCUUAUAUCGCGAAACUCCUCCGUAUACAACUGCCUUUAUUCGGCGAUUCACUCAAGGGGCUAAUCAGAUCGCUAGUGGUUUGGAAGCGCCAUCUCUUUACGUAGUCAGAUAUCUCGUUCCCUUGCUCGAUAGCCUUGCCGAUCAGAACCACUACCAGGCUUGGUUCGACGCAUGGAAGAUUCAAUUCAAAGCAGCCAUUCAUAAUUUCAUCCAAGCGGCCAACCAGCUUUGA